UUUAAAGUGUCUUGAACGGUCAAAUCUGUGACGGAAAUUGACUUUGCGACGAGACUUGCAACGUUUUGAACGUACGAAGAAUUUCUCAAAACGAAACACGUGGCUGGACCAUGGAUUAUUUCAAGCAGUUUAUCACUUUGCCCAAAGACGAGGAACAAUUCGCGGAACUGAUUACAAAAGCGAAGGACUAUGCGUUGAUGCACGGUGCUGGAAUUCGACCCUCAAAUAAUUUUAAUCCGGAUGCUUUACAAUUUGUGCCUUUUGUUUUGACUCCUUCGCCAUUUCCGCGGGCCGAAUUUGAAAAAGUAGUCGCUCUUCAGACAACUUUGAAUGAAUUGAUGCAUGCUGUGGCUCACGACGACGAAUUUUUAUCGUCAGUAUUAGCGAGUACGAUCAAAGUAGAUGAUUUCACUGCAAAACUUUUUCAUUGUUACAAAUCGAUAAAGCCGAAAAAGGAUGCGCUGAGCCUAACGUUGAUCCGAUCGGACUAUUUACCACACAAAUUUGAGGGAAAUUCGUUGAAACAAGUCGAAAUUAACACAAUUGCGUCGAGUUUUGGAGCUCUGGCGACAAUUUUGAGAGACGUUCACUGCUAUGUGCUCGGCGAAUUGGAUGAAUAUGAGAAAAUUGGCAAAAAUUUACCGCAAAAUGAUGCCUUACACGGACUGUGUGACGGAAUGUUGCGUGCCUGGGAGAUGUAUGGAGCGAAAAAUGCCGUUAUUUUGUUUGUAGUUGAAGAUGUGACCAACAACAUUUGUGAUCAGCGAUUUAUCGAGUACGAAAUCCGGAAAGCGGGCGUCAAAGUGAUCCGAAAAACGUUAAGUGAGCUAAAUAUCGAAGCAGAAUUGAACAAAAAUGACGAGUUAGUCGUCGAAGGAGACUUGGUUAGUGUCGUUUAUUUCCGUGCCGGGUAUGAUGGAGCACAUUACCCAUCUGAACGUGAAUGGAACGCUCGUUGCAAAAUCGAAAAAUCAUCAGCAAUCAAAUGUCCAACGAUCAAUUAUCACUUGUCAGGUACGAAAAAGGUGCAACAAGAGCUCGCAAAGGAAGAAAACUUGCGACGUUUCCUCAAGGACGAAGCAAAAAUUCAAGCAGUUAAGGCAGUUUUCACUGGAUUGUAUUCUUUAGACAAAAAUGACGCAGAUUCGGAAAAUGCAGUUAAAAUGGCACUUGCUGAACCCGAAAGAUUUGUCUUGAAACCGCAACGUGAAGGCGGCGGACAUAACAUUUACGGCGCAGACAUUCCUAGCACACUGAAAAAACUCACGGAAGAGGAGAGGUCUGCUUAUAUUUUGAUGGAUCGCAUUUUGCCGCCGAUGUCAAAGGGCUUCAUAAUUCGACCGGGACAGAAAUUUAGCUCAACACCGUCGGAUUUGGUGUCGGAAUUAGGGAUUUUUGGCAUUAUUAUUGGGACAAAAGACAAAAUUUUGUAUAACAAACAAGGAGGUCACAUACUGAGAACGAAAUUGGCUGAAUCGAAUGAAACGGGAGUCAAUGCUGGGUUGGGGGUUCUCGAUACGCCUUUCUUAUUUGAUUAAUUUUGCGGGUUAAAAAUUUUUUGAAAAGUUUAUUUUUCUUUAUUGAAUGUUAAAUGGAGAUGAAUUUAAUAAAUGUGUUGCAAUAUUCUUCUAAAAUUGAUUUU